AGCUCAUUGGUGCUAGCUGCUAAGCUAACUGGUUCAAACGGGUAACCUGUCACAGCCGGGAGCCGCUCACUCGCGCACCGCUGCGCUCCACUCUCUUCCGGAUCGCUCUCUUUUGAUGGUGUCAUUGGUUCGGACAGUUGAGCACAAUGGCCACUUUGAAGGAGCCCACCGGUGUCUGUGGUUCGGCCAAAGCUGACGGACCGCUUGCCAGCUAUUGCUGAUUUAGUUCUCCCGUCCACUGCUGCAGCUUCGUUUUGCUCACCCCGGAAAAAAAGGCCGCUCCAGAGGAGGAUGAAGUUGAGGAAACAGGUGACGGUGUGUGGCGGGGCCAUAUUCUGUGUGGCGGUGUUCUCGCUCUAUCUGAUGUUGGAUCGGGUCCAGCAUGACCCUGCAAGGAGACAGAACGGCGGGAACUUCCCACGGAGCCAAAUCUCUGUUCUGCAAAACCGAAUAGAGCAGCUGGAGCAGCUCCUGGAGGAGAACCACCAAAUCAUCAGCCACAUAAAGGACUCUGUGAUGGAGCUCACAGACACAGGAGCAGUGUCCCCCCGCGGCCACCUGCCAUUUAGGAGCGCCAACGGUUCCUGGGUCCUUCCCUUUGACGGCCGUCCCACCUUCCUAGCUGUCAAGCCCCAGGACUGCCAGCUUGCUUCAGGCAGCCACAGUCAAGCAGAUGUUCAGAUGCUGGAUGUGCACUCCAUCCUCAAGUUUGACAACCCUGACGGCGGAGUGUGGAAACAGGGCUUUGACAUUACCUACGAGCCCGACGAGUGGGACAGUGAGCCGCUUCAGGUGUUUGUUGUCCCCCACUCCCACAACGAUCCAGGUUGGAUCAAGACUUUUGACAAGUACUUCACAGACCAGACGCAGCAUAUUUUAAACAACAUGGUGGUGAAGCUGGCCGAGGAUCCUCGCAGGAAGUUCAUCUGGUGUGAGAUCUCAUUCUUCUCCAAGUGGUGGGAGACGGCAGACGUACGCAAGCAGGAGGCCGUGCGCAAGCUGGUCCUCGGAGGGCAGCUGGAGAUUGUCACGGGAGGCUGGGUCAUGACCGACGAGGCCAACGCGCACUACUUUGCCAUGAUAGACCAGCUCAUUGAGGGGCAUCAGUGGCUGGAGAGAAACCUCGGAGUCACUCCUCGCAGCGGGUGGGCCGUAGACCCGUUCGGCCACAGUGCCACCAUGUCCUAUCUGCUCAAGAGGGCCAACGUGACCAGCAUGCUCAUCCAGAGGGUCCACUACUCCAAAAAACACUUUGCCGCCACGCGCAACCUGGAGUUCAUGUGGAGGCAGUCCUGGGACGCCGGGUCGAACACGGACAUCUUUUGCCACAUGAUGCCGUUCUACAGCUACGACGUGCCGCACACCUGCGGGCCCGACCCGAAGAUCUGCUGCCAGUUUGAUUUCAAGAGGUUACCGGGUGGUCGGAUCAACUGUCCCUGGAAAGUGCCGCCAAAAGCUGUGGUGGAUGCCAAUUUAGCAGAGAGGGCAAACCUACUCCUGGAUCAAUACCGUAAGAAGUCCAAACUUUACCGCAGCAAGGUGCUUCUCGUGCCUCUGGGGGACGACUUCCGCUACGACAAGGCGCUGGAGUGGGAUCAGCAGUACACAAACUACCAGAAGCUGUUCGACUACAUGAAUUCUCACCCAGAGAUGCACGUACAAGCUCAGUUCGGGACUCUCUCAGAGUACUUCGACGCUGUAUACAAAGCAUACGAUGUGGCCCAGGGGGCCAGACCGCCAGACUACCCAGUGUUCAGUGGAGAUUUCUUUUCCUAUGCCGACCGGGAAGACCACUACUGGACUGGCUAUUUCACCUCUCGGCCCUUUUACAAGAGUCUGGACCGUGUGAUCGAGUCAAAUCUCAGGGGGGCAGAGAUCCUCUACAGCUUGGCGGUUGCGAACGCUCGGCACGUGGGCAUGGAGGGGCGCUACCCGGUCUCCGAUUACGCCCUGCUGGUGGACGCGCGGCAGUCCGUUGGCCUCUUCCAGCACCACGAUGCAAUCACCGGCACCGGCAAGGAGAACGUUGCCACGGACUACGGCAACAGAUUACUGCGGGCACUCAUUGGUCUGAAGAGGGUAAUCAUCAACGCUGCUCAUUUCCUGGUGAUGAAAAACAAGGAGUUUUAUCGCUUUUACCAGACGGAGCCCUUUCUGGAGACGGAUGACAGACGUGCAACUCAAGACUCUCUACCUCAGAGCACUUUAAUCGAGCUGGAUCCAUCAGGGCCGAGGUACCUGGUUCUGUUCAACCCCGUCGAGCAGGAGCGCCUCUCUGUGGUGACGGUGUUGGUCAACACGGUCCGGGUGCGCGUUCUCACCGAGGACGGACAGACCCUCCCCGUGCAGCUGAGCGCUCAGUGGAGCUCCGCUAGUCAGAUGAGCGCCGAGGUAUUUGAGGCGGCAUUCAUGGUCCGCCUCCCACCGCUGGGCCUGGCUGUGUUCCACCUCUAUGACUCCCCCGACUCGCCCAUGACGCUCCGCUCUGACACCCUGCUGCGGCUGUCCGGUCGGAGCGUCACCGCUCGGGCCGCCGACCCGCUUCCUGUCCGCUCUCAGCAGUCCGACCCUCAGACCUUCUACGUUAGCAGCCAGUCUCUGACUCUGGGCUUCUCUGGGGCCACUGGCCUUCUAGAGAGUAUCAGGCGGAAGGAUGAUCCUCAGGAAGUGAAGGUUCAGAUGCAGUUCGUCGUCUACGGCACCCGUCCCUCUAAAGACAAGAGUGGCGCCUACCUGUUCCUGCCUGAUGGGAAAGCAAAGCCUUACAACCAGAAAGAGCCACCCGUGGUGCGCGUGGUGGAGGGGCCUCUCUUCUCGGAGGUGGUGGCCUUCUACCAGCAUUUCCAGCAGACCAUUCGCAUUCACAAUGUGCCAGGUGUAGAUGGUUUGUCAAUAGAAAUCACCACCCUGGUGGACAUCAGAGAUCAGACCAAUAAGGAGCUGGCGAUGCGACUGGUCACUGACAUCCAGAAUGGGGACGUCUUUCACACAGAUCUUAAUGGCUUCCAGAUGCAGCCCCGCCGCCACCACCUGAAGCUUCCCCUGCAGGCCAACGUUUAUCCCAUGUCCAGCCAGGCGUACAUCCAGGACAGCCAUCACCGCCUCACGCUGCACACGGCUCAGUCGCUCGGCGUCGCCAGCCUGGAGACCGGUCAGCUGGAAGUGAUUAUGGACCGGCGACUGAUGCAGGAUGAUAAUCGGGGGCUCGGUCAGGGCUUGAAGGACAACAAGAAGACAGCCAAUCGCUUCCGACUGCUGCUGGAGAGGAGAUCGACGGGCAACAAGAUGAUGGACCGCGAAACGACCAGCUUCCCGUCUAUACUCAGUCACAUGACCAACUCCUUCUUAAACCACAAGGUCCUGGCGCUGCCCGUCCUGGCAAAAAGACGCGGCAUCCCUCCCUUGCAAACCUUCGCCCCUCUCAAGUCCAUCCUGCCCUGUGACUUCCACCUGCUGAACCUGCGCAGCAUCCAGAGUCAGGACCCCCAGUCUCCAUCUCCCCACGCAGCUUUGAUUCUCCACCGGCUGGCGAUGGACUGUGGGCUGGACGCUCCAAACCUCGGCAUCAACUGCACCACCACGCAGGGACAGCUGAGCGUAUCGGAACUGUUCAAGGACCUGGACCUGCAGCUGCUGCAGCCCAUGUCCCUGACGCUGAUGCACUCCAGCACGCCUCUGGCCAACGACUCCACCAUCAGCCUGGAUCCCAUGGAGAUCUCUGCCUUCAAGCUCAAGCUGCGCUAAGCUCCGUCGGGACGAAGAGAGGAAAAAUAAAAAAUAAAAAACACCGGACUCCUUGCACCGAAAGAACCGGGCCAGCGGCGGCCACAGACUGGUAACAAAAUAGGGUCUGGGUCCCCCUGUUUUGUCAAGCAGAACCAUGAACUCUGCAGCUCAGAGAAAAGGGGUCCACUGUAACAGGGCUGACUGCACAGCAGGGGGCAGGCAACGGCAGUUACCGUGGACAACUCCGAGAGCAGCAAAAAAAAAACCCCGGUGAACAGCUAUUAGACAACAAGGAAGACUGCCAGAAUCGCUCAUCAGACACAUCCGGGUGUCACCUGGUUCUGCUUUGUAAGAUCUUGUGUCCUUUUUCUAUCUUUGCUCCAUCCUGGACUGAACUUCUGAAUGUAAAUUUCCCAAAAGAUGUGUGGGUGGAGGGCUGCGACUGGUGCAAUUUACAAAGCUUUAUUUGGGUGGGUGGGUAUGUUUAUUUUGUUCAUGGAUGCAAUUAAGAAGACACAUCACAGUGAUUUUGUUUUUAUACUUCUUUUUUUUGACAGACUUUAAUGCAGCGAAGCGAAUGUGUGGUCUCUGCUCGCGAGGAGACCCGUGCUGCAGCUCUUGAAGCUCUUUAUCGUAUGUCUGAGUCCAUCGGUCACUAGUAAUCAUUAAUCACAUUCAAUGACUUUUACAUCCUUUUUGCUGGAUUUUCUUGUCGAUAGUCGACAGACUUUCUUUCACUUCACUUCUUUUUCCCUCCGUGAGCUUCCUCUUUGCUGGUGAAAAAAUGGCCCAUUUCAAAGUUUAUGUCAUUCCUGUGCUCGUACUUGACUGCUGCCAGAGUGUUUUGUGGACUAUUCAAAGACUCAACCUCGUAACCACAAGGCAGAUAAAUCUGUAUGAGAGUAUGUUGUGAAUAUGCGAGGAGUUUUUUUUUUGGUGGUGUAUUGAGAUUUACAGUGCACACUAUCAGGGACCAUUCUUGGUACGUCUGUGUCAUCAUUGCGGCACAGAGGGAGAUUCCCAUUUGAGAUGAAGAGAAACAAAAAGGUUUGUUCACCCAAUUAAAAAUGAUCCGGUCAUUCAGAUUGGGUUUUCAAAUAUCCAUUCAGAGCUGCCACUGUUUUAAUUUAGUCUAUGAAAUGGCAGGAAAAAAAAGUGUAAAACGCACAAGUUGUUAUUUUUAAUGACUUGUUUUGUACCAACAACAGUCCAAAACAUGAGGACAUUAAAGAUUUUCAAACUGGAAA